ACUAAAUCUUUCACAGCCACUUCCUGGUGCUGUUUGUUGUGGAAAUACCGUGGAACUGAAACAGCCAACUGUACAGAUCAGGAACAAGGAAGAAACAUCGCUACUAGCUAGAAUAAAUCUUUGAAGCAUGUGGUGUCAGCGGUAGGUAACAGGCUGAAAGGUUGAACUAGUUACGGACCUCUCGUUGCUUCGGAACGCAAGCUUGGUCUGGAACAGCAAAGCCGGUGGCGCGAGCUGUCGCGAUGUUGUGAACGAUGGACAGCAGAAUAAACGAGUUUCCCGAGAGGACGUUUGAUUUGGUACUACAGGUUGCAUGCCCAACAUCUGAAAAUGAAGAUCCUACCGUGCGGUGGAGCUUCCCCCAGGACUACACAGACCAGGAGGUUCUCCAGACGGUGCCCAAGUUCUGCUUCCCCUUCGAUGUGGAGAGGGUUUCCCAGAGUCCGGUGGGCCAGAACUUUACCUUUGUGCUGACGGACAUCGAGAGCAAGCAGAGGUUUGGCUUCUGCAGACUCACGUCCGGCUGCCGUGUCUGCAUCUGUCUGCUCAGUUAUCUGCCCUGGUUUGAGAUCUAUUACAAGCUCCUGAACACGCUAGCAGAUUACCUAACCACAAACCAGGAGAAUGAGCUGAAUGACAUGCUGAACUCUCUGUACAGUCUGCCGGUGCCAAAGCCCUUCACCCCCGUCAACCUGAGUGUGACCGCACUGUUGCAUAUAGCCACUGGGCAAGUACUGAAAGAUGCACCAAGCAAGCAGCCGCACUCCUACUUCAUAACACCAGAUAUCAACGGCCUGCCCACCAUCCCGGAGAGUAGGAACCUGACAGAGUAUUUUGUGGCGGUGGACGUCAACAACAUGCUACAGCUGUACGCCAGCAUGCUGCACGAACGACGCAUUAUCAUUACCUCAAGCAAGCUUAGCACUUUAACAGCGUGUGUCCACGGUUCAGCUGCCAUGUUGUACCCCAUGUACUGGCAACACAUCUACAUCCCUGUACUGCCUCCACAUCUUCUGGACUACUGCUGUGCCCCCAUGCCAUACCUGGUAGGAGUUCAUCUCAGCCUGCUCGAGAGAGUGCGUAGCAGGUCGUUGGAGGAUGUAGUGAUACUAAACGUUGACACCAACACACUAGAGAGUCCCCAGAAUGACCUGCAGAACCUGCCCAGUGACGUGCUCCACUCUCUGAAGAGUAAGCUGAAGAAGCAGUCGACAGCAACAGGAAGUGGAGUAGCGAGGUCCUUCCUCCGAGCUCAGGCUGCUUUGUUUGGAUCCUACAGAGACGCCCUCCGAUACAAACCUGGAGAGCCAAUCACAUUCUGCGAGGAGAGUUUUGUGGCUCACCGCUCCAGCACCAUGAAACACUUCCUGGAGAUGGCUGUCAACCUGCAGCUCUUCAAACAGUUUAUUGACGGCCGUCUGGCCAAGCUGAACGCGGGAAGAGGCUUCACUGACCUGUUCGAGGAGGAGAUCACUGAGGGAGGUUUCUGUGGAAGUAAUUCCAAGUCUUAUCAACAGUGGGUGCACACCGUCAAGAGAGGCGGAGCGCUGAUCAACACUGCGGUGACCAAGAGAGGCGGAGCGCUGAUCAACACUGCGGUGACCAAGGCCAAGAGUCAUGCCAAGAGGGGCAUUCGCAGGCUUAAACAAAGGGAAGAGGAGGAGGGUAGGCCGAUCUGUUCAGGGUCUCCCACCAGCACCAAGAGUCUUUCGCCAUGGAGAAUGGAGAAGAAGAGACAGCAUUAUGACACCAAGUGUCCCAUGGGAUGUCCUGACUUUGCCAUCGAUGGCGAUGAAGAGGACACUGCCAACAAGAUCUCGUCUGAGGACAGUGGGGAGGUGGCAUCUUACACAGAGGACAGCGACGAAUCCUAUUCGUUGGAGCUGGACACAGACUCCUCCCACACGGGCCAGAUGAACCUAUUGGAGGAGAUCCUGGACUCUCUGAGCACCACCAGCACAGAGCACGGCAAACUCAGCGCCGCCAAGAGCCUGGACUUCAGUUCAAUGGACAACAUCAACUACAAGGCACCAAACACCUCCAACCCCGUCAGUGAGAGCAACCUGCCCCAGGUGUGUACUAGUGGCAGUGGGGUGGUGGGGAGAGGAGGUGUUGGAGGAGGAGAACAGGGAGGGGGCUGGCAGGAUGACGGUGCCCUCCACGGGAAGCACCUGCCCCCCUCCCCACGUAGACAGCCCAGCAAGAGCAGCCUCAAGAGGCAAAAGCAUAUCCUCUCAACAUCCUCUCUACCCGUCCUAGCUCCAGCCUCAGAGCAGGACAACCAAGUCCCCAAUCUCCAGCCCAAGACCCAGGCCCCUCAGACCAAGGCCCAGAAUAAAAUCCAACCUAAUCCCCAGGCCCUUUAUGACACACCCGCUAUCUGUCUCUCUCAGCUCUGUCCAGAGGAGUCUUCGCUCCCCACACCUCCAUCACCAUCCCUGGGAGACCACCACAUCUCAUCCAACCGGUCUCCAGCACCAACUCGUGCCUCCACAUGCAAUCCUCCACUGGCAACACACACACCACCGCUAACCCACACUAGAGAGUCCCCAAACCCCCAGUUGCUCAGCCCUGAGUCCAAACCCCAGACCACCUCCAGCAUCCUGCGGAGGAAGGUGCUGUCCAAGGAAACGAUGAGGCAGUACCAGGACAAGAGUCUCCAGAGGCAGGGCAGCAAGAACCGAGAGAGUCUGGGGGUGAAGGCCAGGCAGCCUUCAGUGCUGGUGCCCUGGGAGAGAGAGAGCCCAGAGGAGAUGGGUCAGGGAGAGGAGCUGGGGCAAGAACAGGACAGGGUCUCAGGGGCAGAGGUCCAGGAGAAAGGACUUCUAGAGGAGAUAGAUUCCAUGUGUCAUCUCGGCUCAGACUUUCAGACCAGCCUACAACUGUCCCAGGUCCACUGCAAAAACAACAACACACAUGAUAAUACCCAUUACAACAACCACAGCCACAGCAAAGCCACAGACAAGUCUUGAGACAGAAGCAGGGACAUGGGAAGGAACAGGGGUGGUUGAGGUAGAAGAUGCCUCUAACCACAGAUCUACAAUCAGACUGCCCUCCUCAAAUCCUAACCACUGAGGGAAGAAAUGCAGAAACAGACCUUGGACCGCAGGAAGUCAAAAACAGACCUUGGACCGCAGGAAGUCAAAAACAGACCAGGAAGUCGCCGUGACGCUGCCAGGCAACUGGAGAUGAUGCGUGUGUUCGCCCUGAUACGACUCUUUGACUUACCCUUGUUUUUCCCCUCUUCCUGCCAAGUUUAGGGGUCUGAGUUGAAGACCGGUCAUCUCGGUUCUCUUUCUAACCUGCUACAGAAUUUAAACAAACCGUCUAAUAAAUGAAACAAAGACUGACCGUGUAAACAAAGACUGACCGUGUAAACAAAGACUGACCGUGUAAACAAAGGGAAAAUAUGUGGUGGAUUUUAACUCACAUGAAAUGGUACAUAUUACUCAUUUACAUGGUACUAAAAGAUGAGUGUGUUUUAGUUAAUAGAGAAGACAUUUAGUUUCCCUCAGAUCUGAAAGUAUUGUAAAGACACAAAGUAACCCCCGCGCCCCCGACCUAAGUAACAGAUCCGUUGUAUAGUUGCCUAACAUGAUGCCUUAAACAGAGCUGUGAUUUGCUUUUGGCACGGCUCAGUCUUAAAAUGUCUUAAUAUAUAUUUAUAGCUGUUACUUCUGGAAAUGUUUGAUCUGCUUAGAUCCACUGUCACAUGUCAUGAAUGUGGAAAAAUGGACAGCUUUUUCACUGCACGUAAAGAUAGUCAAGGUAGUUUAAUAUAUGUUGCUCCGUUUUUGUCUAUUUAGAGAUAUAUGUUUCUCAGGAUGCUCCUGUUUGUCAGGACAUAAAGGAGAAGAGGAGCUGUGUAAACCGAUGAUAGGAAUAAAUAGACAAUCCUCUCUCUCUCUCUUUCUCUCUCUUUCUCUCGGUCUCUCGCUCUCUGUCUGUUUCUCUCAUCUCUCUCUCUCUCUCUCUCUCUCUGUUUCUCUCCAUCUCUCUCUCUCUGUUUC